CUCUUUAUCAUAUUUUUAAGGGAUAACAAGUAAAGACACAAAUGUACUACAAUUAAUUUUUAUUUUUUUAAAGAAAGUCAAGUCAUGAACUUGCAAAAGAUGAAAAAAAAUGUAACUUCAGUCAUUCACACUGAAACCCUGAAUACAUAGUGACUGUUGCUUGAAAAGAGAAUUCAAGAAAAGCAAGGGACCACUCACUCUCUUCUUCACUAUACUAUGCUUCAAUAAUUGUUUCCAGAUACCUCUCUUUAACUGCAAGAAUCAUCACUGUAACUUCAACAAAUCAAUACCCUAUUGCUUCUCAUCUAUCUUCUUCUUCUGCACCAACAAAACUCUUUCAAUAUUAAUCAUAAUUCUGUAUUUUUGUUUUAGUUUCUCUGUUUGACAAGACCUCAUGGCUUCAUACCCAAUUGGGCUAACAAGAAUUUCAUUAAUCAUUUGCCUUCUCAUCUUUUCUUCCACUUCAGCAGUGGGGUCAUCGCCAUUUUCAAGAGGAAACGAAGAACAAAUGGUGUUGGGUUCAAGGCCUCCUCAGUGUAGCAACAGAUGCUUCAAUUGCAGGCCUUGCAUGGCUGCUUUGGUGAGUCCUCCACACCAUAAAAUGUUGUCUUCUAGAGGAGAUGAAACUUAUUAUCUGCUUGCAUGGAAGUGCCGAUGUGGAGAUAAGUAUUUUCACCCUUGAUAUAUAAACCCUAGCUAGAUGCAGGAGAUUGUAAUUUAUGUAAUGGAUAAUAUUUUCAUUUUUCUUUAAUCUCUUGCUCUCUUUUACUAUCAAGAAAUCUGCACUAGGGUUACAAUCUAUAAUGCACGGAAACCUUGAGGAAAAUGUGUUUCUCCGUUUUCGCCGUGUCCGAAACUCUACGAAACUCAACAGCCGGGGCGUUGGUGAAAUUCAAACCCUAAAUUUCCAUGAUUGAACUUUGAACAUACUAUUCCUAUUCGUAGGCUAGAAGUAUGUAUUAGGGCUUAAAUUUAAGAGGUACUCUUCUUUGAUUGUUUUUCUGACGAAAUAUGUAAAUUCUUUUUAACUUUUAAGCAUCUAUUUUAAUUUUGAUAAA